CCAUUGAUGUCUCCGAAACCCCCCUAUCUACCCACCCACCACUCCCAAACCCAAAUUUCUGGGCUCUGGAUAUGCAUAUAAAUUGGAACCCCCCCUGCUCUGCCUUUCCAUAAUUUGCUCCUUUAGAUACAAACUUGCGUAUAUACAUCAACCCCCUCCCCCCUCUGAUGGCAGAGAGUAAUGGAAACCAUGUAGUUGCUCUGGACCUCAAGGAUGAAAGGUCCAAUCUUGAUGAUUCUGGCUGCGAUUUCAUCUUCACUCUCCCUUUUAUACAGAAGUUGAUUGCAGAGAUGUUUGGGACAUACUUCUUGAUAUUCGCAGGUUGCGGCGCGGUGGUGGUGAACGCCGAGAAAGGGAAUAUAACUUUUCCGGGGAUAUCAAUAGUGUGGGGACUGGUGGUCAUGGUCAUGGUCUACUCCGUCGGACAUAUCUCCGGCGCACAUUUCAACCCCGCCGUCACCAUUGCUUUCGCCUCCUGCAAGAGAUUCCCCUUCAAACAGGUUCCUUUGUAUUUAUGUGCACAAAUUCUUGGGGCAACCCUAGCAAGUGGAACCCUCCGACUAUUAUUCCAUGGAACACACGACCACUUCGCCGGCACACUUCCGCAGGGAUCCGACUCACAAUCCCUCGUUAUCGAGUUCAUCAUCACAUUCUACCUCAUGUUCGUCAUUUCUGGAGUCGCCACCGAUAAUCGAGCUAUUGGAGAACUUGCUGGCCUUGCAGUCGGAGCUACUGUCUUACUUAAUGUCAUGUUUGCUGGGCCAAUAUCAGGGGCAUCUAUGAACCCAGCAAGGAGUUUAGGGCCAGCAAUAGUGUCAAAGAAGUACACUGGAAUCUGGAUUUACUUGCUUGGACCAACUGCAGGCGCCAUUGCAGGAGCUUGGGUUUACAAUACAAUUAGGUUUACAGACAAGCCUCUGCGUGAGAUCACCAAAAGUGGCUCUUUUCUCAGAACCAAAGGCUCAGGCAGCCGCAAUGGCUCCAAGUAAUUAAUCUGUUCUGUGGAGGCUGCGUUGUAGGCUUAGUUCCUUUAAUUUUUCACCUAUAUAAUGCAUGUCUCAUCUUCCUUAAGGCUAUAUAUAUAUAUAUAUAUAUAAACAGAAAUAAUAUACUUUAAUUUGGAGUUACGUUGGUGAAUAUAGUAUUUCCUAUA